UUCCCUUGAUAACUUCCUUUCCCAUAAUACAGUUCGAGCCACGUCCGCAGCCGCCAUAGUGGAACGUGUGAGAGCUAGCAGACGCAUCCAACAUGAAUAUCUUCAGACUUUGCGGUGACAUGUCCCAUCUUUUAGCAAUAAUAUUGUUAUUGCUAAAGAUGUGGAAGACAAGAUCAUGUGCAGGUAUCUCUGGCAAGAGUCAGAUUCUUUUCGCCCUGGUCUUCACCUCGCGAUACCUGGAUCUGUUCACAUCAUUCAUCUCUAUCUACAACACAGCCAUGAAAAUCUUCUUCCUUUCAUCAUCAUUCUUCACAGUCUACCUUAUGUUCAUGAAGUUCAGGGCCACUUAUGACAGUAACCACGAUACAUUCAGAAUGGAAUUUUUGGUGGUACCAGUCGGUGGCUUGGCCUUCCUUGUCAAUCAUGAGUUCUCUCCCCUUGAGAUUCUGUGGACCUUCUCCAUCUACCUGGAGUCGGUGGCCAUCCUGCCACAGUUGUUCAUGGUCAGCAAGACCGGUGAGGCCGAGACCAUCACCAGCCAUUACCUGUUUGCCUUGGGAUCCUACAGAGCUCUGUACAUCUUCAACUGGCUGUACCGUUACUACUUUGAGGGAUUCUUUGACUUGAUAGCUGUGGUCGCUGGAUGUGUACAGACAAUAUUGUAUUGUGAUUUCUUCUACUUGUACAUCACGAAAGGUCAGUUCAAAGCAUUAAAGGAUAUGAGUUUUGAAGGGGAAGAAACUAAGCCUACCAGCUUGAGGAUAGAUAUUGUCUAGAAACUUUCCUCAUGUGAAUACUGAGGGCUGGAAAAGGGUCAAAGUUUGUGGACUGAAAAAGUAAGGCAUGCUUCAAGAAGCCUCCAGGAAGUUCAGAACAGAAAUUGGAUAUCAACCUGCUUCCAGUUAUUGACCAUAGCUGCAAAGUAUAUCCUAUAUAAGAUAUUUUCAUGAACAAGGACUAUAAAUAAUGAUUGUUAGCAUUCUUGUGUAAGGUAGUUGGAACAAUUAUUCUAUCAGAGAAGUGAAAUGAUAUCUGUAAAUGGCUUUAACAUUUGCUGCUCAGUUUUUGUUUUUGUGUAUUUACAAGUAACCAGUGAUUUUGGUCUUGACAUGACUAGGACACUCCAGCGAUUGUGUACAUGAUCAUGUACCUACUAACACUAAUCAUGAAAGGUCUCUAAUCACAAGACAAGUGACAGAUCUGUACACUUCCCUGGUCGUUGUAUCAACAAAGGAGCAUGCUUUACUUGAUUGGUCAGUUGCUAUGAAGUUGAUCAUGCUGCGGUAUUUUAAUAUAGCCAUCAGAAUGUAUGUUGUGUAUGUUUGCCUGCAAGGUAAUGAAAAGUAUUUUAUAAAAGGACUUUGGGCUUUUUUUCUAACUGGCCAGUUGGGCGUUGGACUUUCUGUUCUGAAAUUCUUAUUGGUAUGUUGAUGUGAUGGGCACAUGUCUGAUUUGUUUUGUCCGAAUUGUUCUGAACUACAAAAGCCUACUUACAGAAACCUAGGCCUGGUUCACCACUAGAUUAAAUAUCUUGCUGCUUCCAAGUUAGAUAUGUGCCCCUCAGGUAUGUGAUGUGAACAGAUACUAUCAAUUCUAUUGUUCUAUAUUAUCAUUAUCAAUAGUUUUAGUUUUGUUACAAUUAUUUUAUAGGAUAUGCUUUUGUUGGUUCCAUUGUUUGCUAGUAUACACACUAGAGGUACAAGAUAAGACCUUGUAUCAGACUCCCAUGUUCAAAUUUUGACAGAUGAAGAAAUACAAAAUUGCAUGUAUUUGACUACCAGUGAUUCAAGUUGAGGAUGUUCCGUGAACAAGCAAAUAAUUCUGGACUUAAGGGAGCAGCAUACUGUAGUCUAGAAUGGUCUGUGUGAAUGUAAAGUUGUUCAACACUUGUUUUGUGAGUCAUGUUAACAUCAAAACUUCAACCAGCAGUAGGAUUGUAUGAAGCAUAUCUGACUUCCAUGAGGGAUAUAAGAUAGUACUAUUUUCUUAAUAGGUGCAUUUUGUACAUAUGUCAUGUCUACUGAUGCCAUAUUGUCUGUGUUUGGUGUCUCUAAGGGGACCAGGGAUGAUGAUGGUGGAAAAUAUUAUGUUGGUGAUCAAGUCACUGUUUCUUGUUAUCUAAUCUCACUCUUACAAGCAUGCAGGACUUGUUGCAUAAGGUUCUGUUAGGUUUGCUUGCUGCGUUUUUGUAAGGGCGUAAAUGCGACAAUGUCCCUUCUGGGAUUCCAUACGAGAGACUAAGGAAUCAUGCAAAAAUAAGUAUGUAAAUUCAGCAAUAUGUUAAGAUAAUGUCAACCUGUAUUAACGGGCCUUGAUUUUUCGAUCACUGAUAUGAUUAACGUACUGCCAGUCAUUAUGUAAUGCUAGUGAAUUCUUUUGAAUUUGUUUUCCAUGGUUUGUAAGAGUGGGAAUCCAUGUUGGGGCAUCAAGUAGAUGACUGGUACCCCAAUGAUGAUAGAAACAGCGCUACCACUAGUCUGUACUGUACAAGCAUCCGUCUUAACUGUCGAGGCAGGGGUCCUGCAGCAUGUACAGUAUUCAGCCUAGCCAGAAUCCAUCAAGAUGUUUCACAAUUAUUAUUAUCUUCUGUUAGUUUUUUAAACCUUGUUAGGUCAAGAGGUGUGGUGUUUCUUUUUCUGCAUCCAUGAAACUAAUAAUUUUCACUGCUUUGUUUACUGCUGAUGUACUCAACAAGACUUGGGUUAUUCAGGUACUCUCCAUAUCAGAAGUUCUAGUUAUCUGCACUCUAACCACUGGAUACCAUGGACCCCUGUCGUCGUCUCCUGUUAUUGCCAUUUCAUUCAUUUGUACAGACUAUUUAUUCAUUAUUUCAUAAUGGUGCCUGGAUUUGAUUCUUCGUAACAGCUGUAUUCUACCAUAUUAAACCAUGUGUAGACUGUUGCAUGCAAAUAGAGUAGUUAUUCUUGGUUUUGUUGUUAAAAUGAUAUGAUAUGCGACAUCUUGUCAAAAACCUUUCACCAACUUGCUGUAAGCAACAAAUGAAUUGUAUAAAUAAAGACAAACACUUAA